AUGAUUUCGACUAAGAAGAAUCAACCGUCAGAAGACGUUUCAAAUGUUGCUGACUCGUCGACUUCUUCAGACACAUCACUGCCAACAACAUUGGACUUGUACCGGAUUUUUAACGAUACCGGUGAUAUAUCAUCAAAUUCACGGAGUAUUUAUAAUUAUUUGGCUGAAACGUUUCCAUGGGAAGAUUGGACUUUAAUGAAUUACGGUUUUUUAAACAAAAAUACUGAUAUGAAAAAAAUUAAUGUAACAAAUAUCAAUCACAAUACUGCUUCAUACUAUUCGAUUCUACUAUAUGCUGCUGUUGUUGAUGAUAUUGUCUUACAAAACUUGGAUGUGCUUGAAGUUGGCUGUGGGCGUGGUGGCGGAUGCGCAUGGAUAUCACGCACAUUAAUGCCACAUUCUAUACUUGGAGUCGAUUAUUCAGAGUCUGGAAUCGAACUCUGUCAGAAGAUUCAUUCGCACAUACCGAAUCUUCGUUUUGAACAGGGAAACGCCGAGCAUUUAUCGUGUCUGAAUGAUUCAUUUGAUGUUGUGAUUAAUGUCGAAUCAUCACAUUGUUACCCAUCAAUGGAACGCUUUCUAAGCGAAGUUUAUCGCGUAUUAAAACCGGGUGGAUAUUUUUUAUGGGCGGACUUCAGAGAUUCUGGGCAAGAAAAUGUAGUUCUUGAACAAUUUAAAACAUCUGGUUUGGAGAUAAUCGAACAGGUUGACAUUACCGAAAAUGUCGUUUUAGCAUUGCAUAAAACAAGAGAAGACAGGCUCAAUUUCUUAAAACAACUACCAAAAGAACAUCAAGAAAAAUUUGAAGAAUGGCUUGAUAAUCCAUCAUUGAAAAAUAAUUACGCAUUUUAUUGGCGUUAUAAAUGCAAGAAAGCACUUGUACCAUUAUUAUGCUGUGCAUAA